CAUGCUCCAACUCUUCUGCUCUGCUAGUAGGCCUGAAGCCUUGUGGGAUCUAUGUGACAUUCUUUGUUCAGCUCAAGAGGACGGGUGAACACUGAUUGUGUGCGAAACAGCUAUCUGUACUCACGCUCAUGUACCCGGUCAGCGAUUUUUUCAUCGAGUCAUCUUUAUACUCCGUAGAUCCCUAUAAAAAUAGCUUCUACACUAGUUAGUUACGCUAGAGUUUAUAUUUUUUAGAAACAACUUUUAAACUCUGAAGUUGCAUUCUUUCGCGAACGGCGGAGCAGCCCCGCUCCCACGGUCCCACCAAACCUCGAUCUCCGUCUUCUCCGCGGUCUCCUUGCUUGCAAGUUGGAAAGCUUGGGAGCGAGAAAGCGAGCGCAUCGCUUCCUCCUCACGCAGUCACGCGUCGUCUCGUCACGGGAUCUCCCCCCACCCCUCCCCUCGCGCUCUCCCGCACGCGUCGGCAGGCACGGCCGGUCCAUGUAGCCCGCGCCCGGGCACGGAGCAGGAGCGACCGCGCGGCUUCUCGGGACAUGGGGGCGGACGCCGGCGAGCCCAGCUCCAUCCUCAGGUCUUGAAGAUUAAAGUGCAUUGGAAGUUCUGACCGGACCAUUUCCCUGUAUAUAUGUUCAUGCAGCUUAGCUGCAGCCUUUUCCUAUGGAGUUUCGUCUAUGGCAAUGGUUUUCGUGAACAAAGCAGUUCUUAUGCAGUAUGUUCACUCCAUGACACUGCUCACUUUACAGCAAAUAGCCACGGCGCUUCUGAUACAUUUUGGUCAAGUUCUAGGAAUGUCAAAACGGAAAGAUUUCAACUUGAUAACUGCAAAGAAGCUUCUUCCGGUGUCAAUUUUCUACAAUGCAAAUGUGGGAUUUGCUCUAGCAAGCUUGAAAGGAGUUAACAUUCCUAUGUAUAUUGCAAUCAAGAGGAUCACUCCCCUUGCCGUGUUAGUGAGUGGGUGCAUACGGGGAAAGGGAAAGCCACCAACGCAGGUCACUCUUUCAGUUAUCUGCACCGCCGCAGGUGUCCUUAUUGCAGCACUUGGAGAUUUUUCCUUUGACCUAUAUGGAUACUGCAUGGCUCUAACAUCAGUCUUCUUCCAGACAAUGUAUUUGGUUCUGGUGGAGAAAUCAGGUGCCGAGGAUGGUCUUUCUUCAGUGGAUUUGAUGUUUUACAACAGUAUAUUGUCACUUCCAUUUUUGUUUUUCCUCAUUAUAGCAACAGGAGAAUUCCCCCAUUCUCUUGCAGUUUUAUCUGCAAAGACAGCCUCUCUGUCAUUCAGUGUUAUUCUUGUCAUUUCUCUGGUGAUGGGAAUCGUUCUCAAUUUCACCAUGUUUUGGUGCACGAUUGUGAAUUCUGCCCUGACGACAACAAUAGUAGGAGUUCUCAAGGGUGUUGGGUCUACGACCCUGGGUUUUAUUCUGUUGGGAGGUGUGGAAGUACACGCUCUUAAUGUUACUGGACUGGUGAUCAACACAUUUGGAGGUGUCUGGUACUCCUAUGCCAAGUACAAGCAGAAAAAGAGAACACCACGAAAGCCGGUACCAGAUGUAGAGUCACAUGCCCACAAGUAGCGCUAGAUUCAGUAACUUUAUGGUUGUACCUUAUUUUUUGAACUGAUAACUACUGGAACACCAGUUUAAGUCCAAUUUGUUUGGGCUUGGUUCACCACCAGCGAAUAUAUAGUUGGUGCAAGGGAAUAGAUGAGGUAGUUUCUUUAGUCCAUUUUUAUCCUUGAAUUAUUACAAAAGUCCGAUUUGGCCCUCAAACUCUAAAACCAUAUAAAGGGACCCUUGAAGCAUGAAUAGCUUGCAUUUUUUU